AACAUUUUGUUUCAUUAUUACAUUACAUGAUAAAGAUGUCCGAUUUUUCUAAACCGAGAGUGAACGGGAAGAUGUUGCCAAGUUUUCAGGGACGAAGUGUUUGUGUACUUGGAAACGCCAAAGAUGUUGAUAGCAAUGGAACAGCCUUCACCUUGUCAACAAGUGAUGGUCAAGAUAUAAGAAUAAUCAUGCAGGAACCGCUUGGAGAGUAUGUUUCAGGAUUAACUGAAGUCCAUGGGAAUGUAGAUGCACAGAAUAACAUUCACUGUCUAAACUACAUAGCUUUUCCAAAGGAAAUCAGUGAUACAUUUGAUAUGGGACUAUAUAACGAUGCAGUGGAGUUAACAUCACGGUUCAGUGAAUUUUAUAAAGUUGGUGUGACAGAUCAAUAGAACAAUGGUUCAGUGAAUUUUAUAAAGUGGGUGUUGCAGAUCAGUGGAAGCACGGUUCAGUGAAUUUUAUAAGGUUGAUGAAACAGAUCAGUAGAACUAUAUUUCUUAUUUCUAAAAAUACAGUUCUUCAGUGAAAGGGAAGGAAAAUACUUGCUGUGCAACAGUUAUUUUUUAUUGGGAUUUUGAAAUAUGCAUUUUGGAUAAUAAAUUCCAAUGAUGUAA